CCCAGUGUAUCGAAGGCUGCCCACAGCUCGGUGCCUGUGACCCAAACUCAGAAGAGUCGGACUACGCCGGAUGUUAAAUUUUUUGGUGCAAAACAUGGGACACGUUUGACACAGCAUUAAAUAACCAUCGCCACCAUUUGGAUUUCUGAAGGACUGUAUUGGAAUCAUGGUAGUGAAUUCUGUGCAUUGGUUUCGGAAGGGGUUGAGGCUCCACGAUAAUCCAUCUUUACAAGAAGCUCUGAAUGGUGCGGACACAGUACGAUGUGUUUAUAUUUUGGAUCCGUGGUUCGCAGGGUCGGCUAAUGUUGGAGUCAACAAAUGGAGAUUCCUGCUCGAAUCUCUUGAGGACUUGGACACAAGUCUUAGAAAAUUGGAUUCAAGACUUUUUGUUGUACGGGGUCAACCGGCAGAGGUGUUUCCUCGACUUUUCAAGGAGUGGAACGUCACGCGGCUGACGUUUGAGUACGACUCUGAGCCAUACGGGAAGGAGCGGGAUGCUGCCAUCAUUAAGAUGGCGCAGGAGUUUGGAGUGGAGACGCGGGUGCAGAACUCACACACCCUCUACAACCUGGACAGAAUAAUAGAACUGAACAACAACAGCCCCCCACUGACCUUCAAGAGGUUCCAGGCCAUAGUCAACCGCUUGGGACUCCCCAAGAGGCCCCUGCCAACGGUUACUAAGCAGCAGCUGGACAGCAGUCGAACCGCCAUCUCGGACAACCACAACGAGCGCUACGCAGUGCCCUCAUUGGAGGAGCUGGGCUUUAAGACGCAUGGGCUGAGCCCGUCGGUGUGGAAAGGGGGCGAGGCGGAGGCCCUGGAGCGUUUGAGCAAACACCUGGACCGAAAGGCUUGGGUGGCGAACUUCGAGAGACUCCGGAUAAACAUCUGCUCCCUGAUUGCCAGCCCCACCGGAUUAAGUCCCUACCUACGGUUCGGCUGUCUGUCAUCUCGCCUGUUUUACUACGAGCUACGAGAGCUGUACAUGAAGGUGAGGAAGCGAUCCAGCCCCCCCCUCUCACUGUUCGGACAGCUGCUGUGGCGCGAGUUCUUCUACGCGGCCGCCACCAACAACCCCAACUUCGACCGCAUGGAGGGCAACCCCAUCUGCGUGCAGAUCCCCUGGGACCGCAACCCCGAGGCGCUGGCCAAGUGGGCCGAGGGCCGGACGGGCUUCCCCUGGAUCGACGCCAUCAUGACCCAGCUGCGGCAGGAGGGCUGGAUCCACCACCUGGCCCGGCACGCCGUGGCCUGCUUCCUCACCCGCGGGGACCUGUGGCUCAGCUGGGAGAGCGGCAUGAGGGUGUUCGACGAGCUGCUGCUGGACGCAGACUACAGCGUGAACGCGGGCAGCUGGAUGUGGCUCUCCUGCAGCGCCUUCUUCCAGCAGUUCUUCCACUGCUACUGCCCCGUGGGCUUCGGCCGCCGCACCGACCCCAGCGGGGACUACAUCAGGAGAUACAUCCCGAAGCUGAAGGACUACCCGAACAGAUACAUCUACGAUCCGUGGAACGCCCCGGAGACGGUGCAGAAGGCGGCGAACUGCGUGGUGGGCGUGGACUACCCCAAACCCAUGAUCAACCACGCCGAGGGCAGCCGCCUCAACAUCGAGAGGAUGAAGCAGAUCUACCAGCAGCUCUCCCACUACAAAGGCCUCAGUUUGCUGGCAUCUGUUCCCAGUGUUCAGGAAGAGGCAGAGCCGCCACUGACAGACGACUCAAACGCCCAAGGCAGCAGCACCAGUGGUUUGUUUUGUGCGCAUGAGAGCAGACCACUCCCUGUGAGGAAGAGGAACAGACCCAUGGAGCUGCAGACAGUGGAGAAGUACCCCCAGCCCAAAGUCCAGCGCACCAGCACCACAGAAGAAGAGGCUGGAGACCAACAGUAGUAACAGACCUUCGCAUCGAGGAGCCCGCUGUUCCCUGUGCUUCCUUCCUCCGUGGGCAUGACCAGGAUGUGAAACGCAAACAGUGCAAUAGCAAAAACAUCUCUAGUGUAAAGAAAACAAGCACAACCGUUAGCGACAGCAAAGCUAUGCCGAUUAUCCUCCAGCAGCAACACAGACCACCCUGAACCAGGAUGUAUCCAUUCUUUGAUAAUUAGGGGAUUGUGGUUCACCAAAGCAUUUGUGAAGAGUUUGUGCAUACCCAGCCACAACAUGUUUCUCUGUUAGCCUAUUAGGUGGUCUGACUGGUUUUUUUUUUAUUUGAUUUGGUGCAGUAGAUUUCCAUGAACCAUCCAGCAAGGGGUGCUUUUAAGAAAUGUAAAAACCUGACUGGAGUGAUCACAAAUGAAUUGUACAAUGGCAAUAUAGUGUUACAUACCUUGAAAAAGAGCAGAUCGAGCAGUCACAUAUUUGAAUGUGUCCAAACAUAAUGAGUUGCAUAACUAAAUAAUCAUAAUUGUGGGAGGGUCACACAGCACGGCACAUGUGUGUUCAUGUGAUUUUUCAUACCUGUAUUACUAUUAUCGGUACUUUAUAACAAUACACUCAUUGGCAACCCUAUGCUUUAAUGACCAGUUUACAUUCACCGCAAUUGAAUUGGGAAAAGGUGGAAAACUGAAGUUUGAAGUUCAUCUAUAGUUUGAAGUUGCAGUAGUUUGCCCAGUUUGACAUUCACUCAAAAGCAGAUGUGGCAGUUUUGAGAUGGGUGUAGGGCCGUAACUUGGCGGAACUACAUUGUAUCGAAUGGCUUAAUGGUAAAUCUCAUUCACAGUGUGCCAAAAUGUCCAUUUGAUUGAAACCUGUGCAGCGUUACUGAAGCUUUUAGCUGAUAGUGCAGAUUACUUUAUGUGAAGACACUUCAGAGGGAGACGAUGAGCUAAAGAUGAAAACGGGCCGUUGAAUGAGAUUUUCUCAUCGAUAGCACACCAUAACCCGAGCAAGUGAGAACUGAGAGAUACGAUCCUCUGAUACGAUGUCUGAAACGCGGUGAAUGUCUCGGACAAGCAGAUAUCGAAUGUAAAGCGCUGAUAACAGACUUAUUACGGAGGAUUGUGAUUUAGGAAUCGUUCAUUUUCCCAGCUCUUUGGUUUGACAAUUAGGGGCAGUUGUUUUGAUUUAUUUAUUUAUUAUUUUAAAUAUUACC